AUGGAGGCCGAGGACUUCCAGGAGGAGCUGACCUGCGCCAUCUGCCUGGACUAUUUCGAGGACCCGGUGUCCAUCGAGUGCGGCCACAACUUCUGCCGCGGCUGCCUGUGCCGCACUUGGGCGCCGGGAGGCAGCCCCGUCCGCUGCCCCGAGUGCCGGCGGCCGUCGGCGCCCGCCUCGAUGAGGCCCAACUGGGCCCUGGCCCGGCUGACCGAGAGGAUACGGCGCCGGCGCCUGGGCCCCGUGCCCGCGGGUCUGUGUGGCCGCCACUGGGAGCCGCUGCGGCUUUUCUGCGAGGACGAUCAGAGGCUCGUAUGCUUGGUGUGCAGGGAGUCGCAGGAGCACCAGGCCCACACCAUGGCCCCGGCCGACGAGGCCUUCAAGAGCUACCGGGAAAAACUUCUGAAGACUCAGUCUAGUCUGACAGCCAAGAUGAAGAAAGUCAUGCACUUUCAGGACAUGGAAGUGAAGAAUGCUGCAGAGUGGAAGGAGAAGAUGAAGAAUCAGCGCAUGCGAGUCAUCGCGGAGUUUGCAAAGCUGCACGUCCUCCUGACUGAAGAAGAGCAACUGUUUCUUCAGGGACUGAGGCAGGAAGAGGAAGAGACAAAGAAGAAACAGAGUGAGAACAUCUUCAGGCUCAAUCAAAUGAUCACUUCUUUGAAGACGCUCAUCCUAGAGGUGAAGGAGAAGAGUCAGGGCUCCACCCUGGAGCUGCUGCAGAAUCCAGCAGAGGUAUUGACCAGGUGUGAGAAUCAGGAUGUGAACUAUUCCUCUGAAGAUCUAAUGGUGAAGACUGUGUGCCGGCUACCAAUGAUGAAGGAAAUGCUGAAGCGAUUCCAAGUGGCUGUAAAUCUGGCUGAGGACACCGCUCAUUCCAAACUUGUCUUCUCCCAGGAAGGGAGAUAUGUGAAAAACGGAGCAUCCGCCAGUUCUUGGCCACUGUUUUUUACAGCAUGGAGCUACGCUACUGGAUGGAGGAAUCCGCAGAGGACCACAGGCUUUGUGGAGAGAUUUCAGCAUUUGCCCUGUGUUUUGGGAAAAAAUGUUUUCACUUCAGGGAAGCAUUACUGGGAAGUCGAGAACCGAGGCAGCCUGGAGGUGGCUGCGGGAGUGUGUCGGGAGGACAUCAUGGGGAUCCCUGGAGGCUCAGAAAUGUGCCCCAAGGUGGGAAUCUGGGCUGUUUGUUGGAGUUCUGCUGGCUAUCGGCCCCUGACAGGCACUUCCGUGAGUCCUACCAAGCGAGAACCAGCUCUUCAGCGGGUGGGAGUUUUCCUAGAUCACGGGGCUCGGGAAGUCUCCUUCUACAAUGCUGUGGACGGAGAGUACCUGCACACGUUCUCCUGUUCUUCCAGCUCCCGUCUCCGGCCGUUUUUCUGGUUGAGUCCAUUAGCAUCUGUAGUCAUCCCCCCAGUGACUGGUGGGAAGUGA